AUGUUUGUGCCUUCGGUACUGAUUCAUCCCAACACCAAAGAAAAAUCAGCUCUGAAAACUGCAGAUAUUCUUUCAGCUACAGCUAAUACCAGUACAUCAGAAGUCACAAAUCCAAAUGCCCAAAAAGACGAGGAAGGGAAUUGUCUGGACACAAUCGCGGGGCGCUGGGGGCUGCACUCCCGACCUCUCAACACUCCCCGCAAAAGCCUCUGCCUUUUCCCAGCUCGCCCACCUCCCCGGCGUCCCUACUCGCUCCGCACCACUCGGGCAACUUCUGCGGCCAGCCCGGCCAGCCGCCCGCGGCCCCCUCCCUGCCCAGCGAGCCCAAGGCGCCCUCGCCCCCCGGCCGCAGCCGCGGCCGCCUCCAGCCCGCGCCUCCGCGCCGCCCGCCCGGGUCCUCGCCCACCCCUCCCCGGGGCCCCCGCCAGCGGCACCGCCCCCGCCGCACCCCACCCCACCCAGCCCGGGACCCCAGUCCGCCCAGCCCCACCCGGGGAGGAGGGCGCCGCGGCCGCGCCGAGGCAGCCGCCGGGCCGGGGCCUCCCGGCCAGGCGCCAACGCGAACGGAGCUUUACCUCAAAGGCGCGGCCGCAAGUGGCGGGUCGGUCCCGGGCGCGGGCGGCGCCGCCCGGUCCGUCAGUCAGCGGCGGCUGGGGCAGCGGCGGCGGCACAUCGCACCCGCCGGCGGCCGGAGGAGGAAAGCGAGGCACGCAGGGAGGGAGCGAGCGAGGUAGGGGGGAAGGAACAAGCGAGGGAGAUAACGCAGCUCGGACUCGGUCGCCGCACUACUGCCGGUGCGUCCUACCGCCGCCUCUGGCCGGAGAGUCGCCGCCCGGGCCGCGGCUGUCGCCACCAAUGCAGCUGGGAAUGAAUGCACAGCGGCGCCUCGCUUAUCCGGAGGUCAAACAUCCUUCUGCCUCGGGCAUCCGGAUCGGCGCCGGACCCGGAAGUGAACGCUCGGAAAAAAAAUUAAAAAGGAAAGCGUCUUUCUAG